ACUCCCAAUUGUUUAAAAAAAGGCCUAAAGUUGAGUUAAAUUACUUUGAAUAGCCGGUUGUUUUUUCUUUUUUUUCUAAAUGGCCUCAAAGGAGGUAUUUAUGGCACUGGCCCUUUAAGACUCCGCGCAUGCGCAAACUACCGGGAAAGUUAACUCCUGAACUUCGUAGAAAGAAAAUUUGUGAUUUUUAAAAUCACAGGGAAAAACUUGAGUGUGUUGACAUGGCAUUUCGCCGAAGGAACAAAAGUUACCCUUUCUUCAGCCAGGAGUUCUUAAUUCAGAACCAUGCCGACAUUGUGUUCAGUUUGGUGAUUAUCAUUUUGAUUGGACUGAUGUUUGAGACGACAGCAAAGACGGCCAUAUUGUUCAUUCAGCCUCAGUAUAACGUGACGGCAUUAUCACCAGAGGGAGAGGUGACCACGUAUCUGUACGGAUGGAAGGACGGCGCCACCGUUCUCUUCUACUUCUUCAUCACCAUUAUCCUCCACGCCGUCGUGCAGGAGUACCUCCUCGACAAAGUGAACCGACGUCUUCACCUCUCCAAGAGCAAAAACACUAAAUUUAAUGAGUCGGGUCAGCUUUGUGUGUUUCACUUUGUGUCGAGCGUUUGGAGCUUCUAUGUUCUCAUCACCGAAGGAUAUAUUUUGCAUCCCAGCAGCCUUUGGGAGAAUUACCCUCAUUCACAUCUCAGGUUCCAGGUGAAGUUUUUCUACCUCACUCAGCUGGCCUACUGGCUCCACGCCUUACCGGAGCUCUACUUCCAGAAAGUACGCAAGGAGGAGAUUCCUCGCCAGCUCCAGUACAUCUGUCUGUAUCUGCUGCACAUAUCUGCAGCCUACUUGUUAAAUUUGACUCGUGUGGGUUUAGUACUCCUGUUCCUCCAGUAUUUAUCAGAGCUCGGCUUCCACAUCGCCAGACUCUUAUACUUCACCGACGAGAACCACCAGAAAAUGUUUGACCUGUGGGCGGUCAGCUUCGUGUUCACGCGGAUGGCCACGCUGACCCUGAUGUUCCUCUCCGUGGGGUUUGGUUUGGCUCGAGCUGAGAAUCAGGGGCUGGACUUGGAGAUGGGCAACUUCAAUACCGUGCUGAUAAGGAUGACCGUGCUGCUGCUGGUGUGCCUGACUCAGUCCUGGCUGCUGUGGAAGUUCAUCCGCUUCCAGCUGAGGCGCUGGAGGGAGUUCAGACACGAGCAGGCUGUUCGCAAGAAGGCUGCCACCAAACAGCCCCUGCGGCCGCUAAAGAGAGACUCUCUCGGUAACCAUGAAAACGGCGUUCUCAAAGCGGAGAAUGGAGUCUCUCCCCGGACAAAGAAGCUCAAAUCCCUUUAAAGAUCGUCCGACUGGCGUGAAAAGCGGCCGUAGCCGCGGCUGAGGUUCUCGAUCAGCACCCGGGGGGGGACGCCGACGGUCGUCGAGCUUCUGGCUGAAAACGUUCUGCGAUGUUCCAAAGACUGUGUCGCAGAUGCUGGAAUAUGAAACCCAAGGAAAAUCCUUUGAACAGACAUUUAUCCUUCUCAUUGUAUCAGUAUUUUUUUUUUUUUUUUUUUAAUGCAGCUUGCAAUCCCAUCAUAAAGCAGAUAAUGUAUGCAGUGAUUUACAUAGUAAAAUGAGCAUCCUCAAACUUAAGUACUGUACUGGUUGUUGUUUUUGUUAGUCCACAGAAAAGUGUUACUGAUUUUUUUUUUUCUGAUAAAACUGUACAUGUGUCACUUAUCACUUUCCAUUAAGUAUGUUGGAUAAUACUGCAUGCCAUUCCAUUUCUGAUUUAUUUUUUAUUUGUUUGUUAAUUACUUUAUUAAAUAAUACAAAGUGGA